CUCGUGUGUGGAGGGUGAGGGCACCGGAGGAGGAGGUGGUGACAACCCGAUUGGCACCUUCAAGGGCUUCAUCAUGGACAAGUGCCCAGAGUGCCACGAGGGAGACCUGGACUUCGGGACCGGGCUGGACGGCCGCUGGGACAUCGAGUGGCGGUUCGUGGCCUGCCCCGGGGAGGAGGUCUCCUUCAAGGUCGUGGAGAUGACCCCGUACUACUGGAAGAUCCAGCCCCGCGGCACCGCAACCCCGGUCGAGUCGCUCACCAUCGGCGGCAGGGCGGCGGCGAGGACCGACGACAACCACUUCGAGCUGGAGCACCCGAGCGGUAACCCGUGGUACGAACCGCAGAUGGUGGUGACCACCACCGUGGGAGGCGUUGUCGAGGAGACGGAGAUGUCUGUCUAAGGGGAGGAGGGGAGGAGCGUGCUCUCUGGUAAGAAGCGCCGCCUCCCUUCUCCUUGUAGUAGUGGCUGGCUGGCACAACGCAGCUCAGUCCCCCACGUCUUUCGCACCGUGCCGGCCAAACCCCCUAUCGAUGGCUUUUGAGCUGAGUUUUUUCAGCGGUGGAUGGAAGCAUUUUAACAUUCGACCCAAACGAACCCGGCUUGGCUGUUGAUCAUGCCUUGCAACGACGGGCUGAUGAUGAUGCACAGAUGGGAAGAGCUGUGAAACGGACGCCGUGUAUCGGCAGCGGUGGAGCCGAGCGGGUUGCUUGCACGGUACAUGUCCUAGGAAAUAGCACCAUCGCUGUACUUGAAAGUGUUUACAGUGUCUGUUGGUGUGUUGUUCCUUCUUGAGGGCGGGAUUAUUGGGAUAUGUGUAUCUUACGACAUUGAGAUGUACUUUUUACAAUUUUUUGGAGUAUAGGAAAGGGAGGGGUCAAAAGGCCCUUUGACGGUCGUGCACGCAGGCAUGGAUCAAAUGAGUUGUGAACGUCGAUCAGGUGCAGGUGUUGUAAUCAGAUAUGUUGGGUAUUUCUUGUCGGCGAUGCGGUACGAUGCGGUAGGUCUUUGCACCGCGUUUUCCCAAACCUGUAGCGUCGAGGACAUAACAGGUUCUUUUGCGUUUUUUACAUUUCUGCUGGUUUCAUCUGCUCGACCUGGCGGCGGAAAAUGAGAUGAGAGACGCGGCAGUGGAUGGGUUGAAACGAAUUUCAGAGAGCUUCUGGGCGUUAGGGAGUCUGUAGAUUGGCUUGGGUUUUUGAAGGACAAGGAUCACACGUGCAUGCGUUGUUUGUGGACAAGUAUACAAACUCGAAAUAAGAUUUUGCUGACGUCGUCGGUCGGGUGGAACGGAAUGCGUCGCGAUUUCCCGAAUGACGUGAUACAUGGAUGUUUUUUGAAUGUUUCCAGUGACGACGGGUUAUAGAGCUAGUUAUGGUAGGUGAUGACGUGUGACCAGUCAAAUUGUCUCGUAUACGAAAAUGGUUUGUUGCUUGGGCCGGUUUGAGAUGAUUGAUGCGGCCUGUGGUUGAUUGCAUAGAUAGGGUGCUCGUGUGCUUCUUGAUGGUGAAAAAUUCUCGCUGUUGGUGCUGGGGCUGGCUGCUUGGAACUGGUUCGUGCUCGAAAGAGCAUGAAGAUGGGAGACGCGGAUGGAUUCAGUUGCUGUUGUGCUCGUGCUGCCACGGACCCGUGUCUUGUGAUGGCCGAGCUGUUUUUGGUGGUAUCUUUACUAUUGUCCUUACCGUAUGCGUUUUUGUCUCCUCUCGCGCUUACGCCCUUUGCAACGACUCGUGCGUGGCUUACGUCGUAUGUAUCUCGUGUUUUUUUUGCUGGUCGUUAUGCUGCUGCAUGAAAAAGUAAUUUUCUUCUAUUGGUCGCGGGUGGAUGUGGUUAUCAAGUACUCGGUUUCUGCUCUAUGGUUGUUCGUGUCUCGUCAUUGCCCUCUCUCUUGUCGUUGAUCGCGUGCCGCUCUCGUGGCCCUUUUGUCGCUUUCGUUGGUACGUACUUGAAAUAGGCAGGGCACCCAUAAAAUAGGGCGAUUUUUUGCAAGACCCUCCCACCAAUCACCCGUCGAGUUUGUAAGACAUUUUGUAAGACAAGAGACAGAUGAUUGGGCGAUGGGCACGACGCUCUCGGGAGAAAAAUCACCGAAAUUUGCACAGCAACACCGUACACAUCAUGUACACCACAUGCGAUACA